UUUCCCGCCCCGGCCCGGGGCAGCGCGAACUCAGCCGUUGCCGCCAUGGCCGAACAGGAGAGCCUGGAGUUCGGUAAAGCGGAUUUCGUGCUGAUGGACGCCGUUACGAUGCCUGAAUUCAUGGCAAACCUCCGCCUGCGGUUCGAAAAAGGACGGAUUUAUACAUUUAUUGGGGAGGUGGUCGUUUCCAUGAAUCCUUACAAAAACUUGAACAUCUAUGGGCGUGACAUGAUUGAGCAGUACAAAGGAAGGGAAUUGUAUGAGAGGCCUCCUCACCUCUUCGCAAUUGCUGAUGCUGCUUACAAAGCAAUGAAGAGGCGAUCAAAAGACACCUGUAUUGUAAUAUCAGGUGAAAGCGGGGCUGGGAAAACUGAGGCCAGUAAAUACAUUAUGCAGUAUAUAGCAGCCAUUACCAACCCCAGUCAGAGGGCUGAGGUGGAAAGAGUGAAGAACAUACUGCUGAAAUCCAAUUGUGUGUUAGAGGCCUUUGGCAAUGCCAAAACAAACCGCAAUGACAAUUCCAGCAGGUUUGGAAAAUAUAUGGAUAUCAACUUUGAUUUUAAAGGAGACCCAAUAGGUGGGCAUAUCAAUAAUUACUUACUAGAAAAGUCUCGUGUGAUUGUGCAACAGCCGGGAGAACGAAGCUUUCAUUCUUUUUACCAGCUCCUCCAGGGGGGGUCUGACCAGAUGUUACAUUCUCUGCAUCUUCAGAAGGAUGCAUCUGCAUACAACUAUAUCUGUCCUGGAGCACAGAUAAAGUGUUCCAUCAGUGACGGUGCGGAGUUCAAAGUGGUAGCUGAUGCCAUGAAAGUGAUUGGCUUCAAGCAAGAGGAGAUUCAGACUGUCUACAAAAUUGUGGCAGCCAUUCUUCACUUGGGGAACCUGAAGUUUUCUGUGGAUGGUGAUAUGCCUGUGAUAGAAAAUGGCAAGGUCGUGUCAAUCAUCGCAGACUUGCUGUCAACAAAAUCUGACAUGGUGGAGAAGGCUCUUUUGUUUCGAACUGUAGCUACAGGUCGGGAUGUCAUUGAUAAACAACAUACUGAACAAGAAGCCACCUAUGGCAGAGAUGCCUUUGCAAAAGCUAUAUACGAGCGCCUUUUUUGUUGGAUUGUAACACACAUCAAUGAUGUGAUUGAAGUGAAGAACUAUGACACUACAAUACAUGGGAAAAACACAGUCAUUGGCGUCCUGGAUAUCUAUGGCUUUGAAAUAUUUGACAAUAACAGUUUUGAGCAGUUUUGCAUCAAUUACUGCAAUGAAAAACUACAGCAGCUCUUCAUUCAGCUGGUUCUAAAGCAGGAGCAGGAAGAAUACCAGCGAGAGGGAAUUCCCUGGAAGCAUAUUGAUUACUUUAACAAUCAGGUCAUUGUUGACCUGGUAGAGCAGCAGCACAAAGGGAUCAUUGCCAUUCUGGAUGAUGCCUGCAUGAAUGUGGGAAAAGUUACAGAUGAGAUGUUCCUUGAGGUUCUUAAUAACAAGCUAGGGAAGCAUGCUCAUUUCUCCAGCAGAAAGCUAUGUGCAACUGACAAAACACUGGAGUUUGACAGAGACUUUCGAAUCAAGCAUUACGCUGGAGAUGUGAUUUACUCAGUCACUGGAUUUAUUGACAAAAACAAGGACACUUUAUUUCAGGACUUCAAGCGCCUCAUGUACAACAGCUCUAAUCCCGUGUUGAAGAUGAUGUGGCCUGAAGGUAAAUUGAGCAUCACUGAGGUAACCAAGAGGCCUCUGACAGCUGCUACUCUUUUUAAGAACUCCAUGAUUGCAUUAGUGGACAACCUGGCAUCAAAGGAGCCCUAUUACGUCCGUUGCAUUAAGCCCAAUGACAAGAAGUCACCACAGCUUUUUGAUGAGGAGCGCUGCAGGCAUCAGGUGGAAUAUCUUGGCCUUUUGGAGAACGUGAGAGUCCGCCGAGCAGGCUUUGCCUACCGCCAAACAUACGAGAAGUUUCUUCACAGGUACAAGAUGAUCUCGGAAUUCACUUGGCCAAACCACGACCUCCCUUCGGACAAGGAUGCUGUGAAGAGGCUCAUAGAGUGUCAUGGAUUUCAGCACGAUGUUGCUUAUGGCAAGACCAAGAUUUUCAUCCGCACACCUCGAACUCUGUUCACCUUGGAGGAACUGCAUGCCAAGAUGCUUGUGAGGAUUGUCCUUUUCCUACAGAAGGUUUGGAGGGGCACUUUGGCUCGCCUUCGCUAUAAGAGGACAAAGGCAGCCCUCACGAUACUCAAGUAUUACCGCCGCUACAAAGUGAAGGCUUACAUCCGCGAGGUUGCUCGACGCUUUCACAAUGUGAGGCUAAUGAAGGAUUACGGCAAGCAUGUGCGAUGGCCCACUCCACCGAAAGUGCUGCGCCGAUUUGAAGAGGCACUCCAGACCAUUUACCAUAGGUGGCGAGCAGGUGAACUCAUCCGGAGCGUCCCGCCAGAAGUCCUACCUCAACUGAGGGCCAAGGUUGCAGCCAUGGAAGUGCUGAAGGGUCACAGAGCUGAUAUUGGCCUCCAAAGAGCGUGGGAGGGGAAUUACAUCGCACUGAAACCAGAUAACCCUCAAACCACAGGCUCUUUCAUCCCUGUUGCCAAUGAGCUGAAACGGAAAGACAAGUACAUGAGCGUUCUCUUCUCCUGUCACGUCCGCAAGGUCAAUCGCUUUAAUAAGGUGGAGGACAGAGCAAUCUUCAUUACUGAUCGGCACCUUUAUAAGAUGGACCCUAUGAAGCAGUACAAAGUGAUGAAGACCAUCCCCCUCUAUAAUUUGAUAGGAUUGAGUGUCUCCAAUGGAAAGGACCAGCUCGUGGUCUUCCACACAAAAGACAGCAAGGAUCUCAUUGUCUGUCUCUUCAGUAAAGAGCCCUCUAACGACAGCAGGAUUGGGGAGCUGGUGGGAGUCCUGGCAAGUCACUUCAAGAGUGAGAAACGCGCUCUGCAAGUCAGCGUCACCAACCCGGUCCAGUGCAGCCUGCAUGGGCGGAAAUGCACCGUCUCUGUGGAAACCAAGAUUAACCAAUCCCAACCGGAUUUCACCAAGCAUCGUUCCGGUUUCAUCCUCUGCGUGCCGGGGAAUUAGCAUCCCCCUCCACUUGGCGCAGUGAGCCGAGCCUGGAGAGUGAGCGAGCGGAGGAAAGACAGACUGGGGCUUUGAUCGCCCUCCCUUUGCCUUGGACUUUUCAAGGCGAUUGAUUUAGAGAUGCUCAGCUGUGACUUGGUCAUGCGCCUAAAAAGAUCUCUAAAGCUAGAGGUUUAGCAAAGCCAAAUUCAGGAGAGGGUUUUACUACCACAUGCAACGAAGGCUUAAAAUAGCCAGUGACCUGUUAUCCAGCUUACAGAACAGGCCAGAAUAUCAGGAAAGUGCUUCUGAAUUAGUCUGAAAAAAGCAUUUAUAGGUACUUACACCCUUUCCCACAUUGAUUUCUUAAACCCUCUCCAGUAUUCCCUUCUGUUGUUUUUUUUUUUUUGUGGGUUUUUGUUUUUUUUUUUUCUUAUUGCAAUAUUAUGCAGCCUCCACUGGAGGAACCAAAGAUACCUGGCUCAGGGAGUCUGGUUCUGUAAGACCAAAUCCUGAUGGAACCGGAGCCAGAUGUGGAAAGGAGGGCUGGCUUCCCAUGCCGGGGAGACACUCCGCACUCUUCCAGCCUUGCCAGCACGCAUGGAGUUGCAACGGUACAUGGAGAUGCACCUCGAGGCUUGCUGCUUUCCUGCCCGGAGUUCACUCACACAUCAAGGCACCUUGGUCGGAGACAGGUCCACCAGCAGAAAGGAGAGCAGGAUUCACAGUGCAGAGGUUUUAUGUUUUUUUGAUCCUGCAUUGCUUUUGCCUUAAUUACCCUCUCCAGUGUCAGAAAAUCCAGUGGGUUCCCAUUUGGACCAAGUGGCCUUGCAGGAUUUUUAGAUGAUCCACGUGGCUUUGUGUUACUCCCAGCACUGAGGUUCAGGGAGGGCUCAGGACCCGCUGCAGGUGCGUUAGUUGAGAACCACGUGGAGCCUGGGGGCUGAGGCCACCGCUGCCUUGCUUUGCACUAUGUAACGCUAACUCUGGCACGUCCGUCCACGGCAGGCGAGGGGCAGCAGCACAAACCUGACUCCAAACAUCCAGGCUGUUCCCUCCGACGAGUUUUCCUGAGUCUUCCCAGCCACGGUUGGAGGAUGUCGGGGCAUUGCGCAUCACCUCGGCUUGUCUUGUGUCACCACGUCCCUCUCGCUGCGUGGCUCAGGUGACCUUGAGCUUGGUGUUUACAGGACAGCCAUACAUACUAACAGGCUUUUUAUUUCCACUGUGUAUCGGGGCUGUUGCUGUGGGUUUUGAGCAGAGGAGGCCAUGUGAUGCUGCGGGCUGUUGGAAUCGUACGUACUGAGUCCUGGCACUGCUGGUCAGGUCAGGAUUUCCAUCACGUUGGACGUGGGGGUCCCAGCCCAGCCAGAAAAUGGGGAGCACUUGUUUAAUGGAACAUUUUAGGAAUCUGAAAGCCUGGAAGAGGCUCUUCAUGUAAUGCCCCGUUAACAAAAAGCUUCCCAAGGCCAUGCCAUGGAUGCAGGGCACAGGGACAAGUCGCUGCAGCGUUUGUACCCAACCACUGCCACCGAGCCCUGAGGUUGAGGGUGCCUCGGGUGCAGAUAAGGCCUAGCUCUGUGUGGAAAUGGGACGAGCUUAAUGUCUCCUGCACUUUUUGCCAGGGAGGGCCCACGCCAGAGCCCUCCCAUUCCCAUGGUCCUUGGCCUCGGACCAGCAUCCCAGCACGGCAUCUGGCCCGACAUCCCAGCCACCAGCAUUUGCUCCUGGUCAGCAGCUCCGGGAUGCCCAGUGGACUGCUGUGCCGGAGGGCUCUGUGCAUCAGCCCUGGCCCAAGUCCUCAGGAAGAAGCUCUUCCAGAUGCUGGCAAACACAAGUCACCCACCACCACCACUGGGGCCAUCAGGAGCCUGGAGGUGACAUCCCACCCACGCAGCAGUUUCUAACCUCGCCAAGCACACACACGUGAGCGGCUCAGGACCACCGUGGGCCCCCCGCCUCCUCAUGCAAUCCCAGCAUCAGCUCCUCAGGAGGAGCAAUGCCAACGGCACCGCCGUGGGACACCCCAGCUCCUGUUUGUGUCCUCCCAGGGAAGCACCAGAAGGAAGAUCCUUGUCAUUGCUGUGCCUUUCUAUUUGCACUUCUCGCUUUUUGUAUCUACUAGUCCAAAUGUUCCCCCCAGUAACACUAACCCAUAGGCAAGGUAGCGGCAGGAGUUUUAAUCAGCACUUUUAUACACUAUCCCUCCAAUAAAAUGGUUGUAUCUAAUCAUGAUGGACAGCAAUAAAUCACAGAUUUAGGAAAAUUCUAAUACUAUGAGAUGGCGAUAUUGUAUGCGAAGAUAUGUGUCUUUAUAAAGUAUAUUAUUGGUUCCUGUCUGGUUUUAUAUAUAUCUAUAUAUCUAUAUCUAUCUAUAUAUAAAUAUAUAUAAAAUACAUAUAUUCCUGGGUUUCCCCCUAAAUUAACUAUUUCUAAAUUGAAUUUUGAUUUUCAGCCUGGGGCGAUAAUACAAUGAACCUUUUUUUUUCUUUUUUUUUUUUUUUUUUUUGUUUAAAUCGGUGAUAUUUUAAUGUGUAAAAGAGUAGGAAAAAAACCCCAAACCUACUAUAAUGGACCUGGGGGUUUGUUUACAUAAUUCACUGUACUAAAUAAAAAACCCCAAUCAAUUAGUUGCAUCCCACUAUGGCGGUGCUAGUUUCUGACCAGCGCGGUGGCUCGGAGAAGAUGAUGCACAGACAGAAAGUGGAGUUUUGGUGUCCCAAUAACCUGCUUUUUCACCUCUUGCAUGCUGGAUGCUCCUUCUCACCCCACGGCUCGCCCAGCGCCUCUGCCAGCCCCCAGCGAAGGGGUGACACCCCCCACACCCCACACCCCCACACCCCCCCAGCACUGGUAACACGAUUAAACCUGCAGCUGUGUUAAAACCCUCUUUCAUCAAAGCAAAUCCAAUUUCCCAACGCUGCGAAUGGGCCACUGGAGGUGUGGGCUUGCAGAAAAGAGUCUGCCACGAACCGCUGCUGUGUAAUGGAUGGUCAGUGCAUUUUUAUUUAAUCAGCACAGUACAAAAAUAAAUAAAAAUAAGGGGAGGGGAUUAAAUUACAGGCACACUGAGCCCCAUGACACAGUCGGUCAGGUUAUAAACCACACAUACUUACAAACACACUAUACACAUACAUACAAAAUGAGACAAAUAUAAAUUAAUAAGUAACAAUAUCCACCAAUUUGGUCAACAAAGAUCUACAGAAGAGAUUGCACUAAAAAAACGUACGUACACAUGUAUCAUUAGCAGGGUCCAAUGUACAGCGAUGAAGAGCUUCAAGUGAAAAAUAAAAAAUAAAAAUAAAUGGCACAUUAUUUCUC